AUGGCUGCUACGCUGAAGAAUGUGAUUGUGGUGGGCGGUUCAUACGUAGGAAAGGGAGCGGCGCAAGAGAUUGCACGGAUCCUUCCCAGCACACAUAGAGUUCUCUUGAUCGAACCCCACAGCCACUUCCACCACCUAUUCGCAUUUCCCCGCUAUGCCAUCCUCUCUGGUCACGAACAGAAAGCCUUCAUUCCUUACACCCGCCUCUUCUCCGCCGUACCCAACUCCACACAGCACGCAGUCGUCCAAGCGCGCGUCCUAUCCGUCCAACCGCAUCACGUCAACCUCGACCGUGACUGGCAGGGACAGAAGCAAAUCCCAUUCGAGUAUCUCGUCGUCGCGACGGGCACGCGCCUCGCCGAACCCGCCGCCAUGAAGGACGAGGACAAGCCUUCCUCCGUGCUCUAUCUCCAGAAGCACCAAGCGGACGUCAAGAAAGCCAAGUCCGUCGUAAUCGUGGGCGGUGGAGCUGUGGGCGUGCAAAUGGCCACCGACAUGAAGGAGCUCUACCCGGAGAAGGAAAUCACCGUGGUCCAGUCGCGCGACAAACUGAUGCCCCAAUUCCACCACGGCCUGCACGAACUGGUCAAGAAGCGCUUCGAAGAGCUCGGCAUCAACCUUAUCACCGGCACACGCAUCGUGGUCCCCGAAACCGGCUUCCCCAACAACGGCACCCCCUUCACCGUGCACCUCAACAACGGCACCUCCCUGACCACCGACUUCGUCAUCCUCGCCACGGGCCAAAAGCCCAACAACGACCUCAUCCAAGACCUCCCCCCAUCCUCCACCGACUCCCUCAUCAACCCCGACAACGGGUUCAUUCGUAUCCGCCCGACCCUCCAAUUCCAAGACGCCAAGUACCCGAACCUAUUUGCUCUCGGCGACAUCGCCGAUACCGGAUUACGCAAGGCCGCCCGCCCAGGUGGCGGCCAGGCCGCGGCCGUGGCGAAGAAUAUCCAAGCCAUGAUUGAGGGGAGGAAGCCGGAGGAUGUCUUUCCGCCGUUUCCGAUGGCAAUUCAUAUUACGUUGGGAUUGAAAUACAACAUCGUCUUCCGGAACCCGAACCCAGCGGAGGGCCAGGAUGAGCCGGUGAUUAAAGAAUCAUGGGACUCGCAAGAAGACAUGGGCAUCGACAGAUGGUGGGAUCGGAUGGGAUUCCCGGAGAAUGGCGCACCGCAGUACCAUUUGUGA